AUGAGCCUAAACCGACGUAUAUUACUGCCUGAGGCAACUUUGGACUCCGGCCGAAGGGAACAAGGAAGGCGGCGAGAAGCGGCAGAGCGCCGCGAGGAGGAGGAGAGACAGGCGCGAGAAGAGGCAGAACGCCGUGAGGAGGAGAGAAAGGCGCGAGAAGACGCUGAACGUCGAGUGCAACCAAACUCCCUAUUUCACCUCCUUGAUCGCUGCCACAAUUCUCUCUCCCAAGCGAUCCGAGUUGAGGCAGAUACCACCCUUACUACUCAGGACGACACGGCCGAUCCAGUGAACCGACUCUACCCCAAGCACAUCAUCCCUUGGCGUGACUUUCCCCAACUACAGGAACAGAUCUGGAACAAAUUUAACUAUAAUAUUACCUUUACCAUGCGCCCACUAUUCCCCUCUGAUACCCAAAUUAAUUAUGUCGUCAUGAAUAUCCAGAACAGAUUAAUCUAUUCAGAAGCCUCUCUUCGGAAUUUUGAGCGACACACAGUGAACAAAUUUGUUGAAAAGGUCAUUGAGGUUUCCCGAGACAAUAAACCUCUUCGCGAUGAGUUUGGAAUCCAAGGCCAAGUCACCUUCUAUGAUCGCGCAAACCCAACACGCGGACACCCCAACGACCGGCGAACCCGAGGCUUGGAAGAGGCCGAGGACGAUAUCCCUAAUCAGGAUGCGCAGGCGGAUGUGCAGGCGGAUGAUGAAAUGCGCCUCCACCGGACUGCCAUCGGUCAGGUGCUUGCGUUCACGCUUCAAGCGCUGUCCGUCGAACCUCCGACUCAGAAAUGGCACGAUGUAGCACACGACCAGCUAACAACCUGGAAGGUUGAAUAUCUUGAUAUGUUGAGAGAAAUCCCUGAUACUCUCCAUAAAGACCCGCUGGUGUCUGAUUAUCGGCUCUCUCACUGGAAACCGGAUCGGAAAAUACACAACACACGCGCUCGCGUUCGCGCGCGUUGUCAACCGGGCGCAUCGACACUGAAGCAUUUGUCCACUGAAGGCAGCGGCAGUGAUUAAGAAUUACUUUUGCCAUCCGCCGCAGCUGUGUUGUGCAUCCGAUCGAGCCGCGGCCAAGGCAACCACCGCUAAUUAACCCGGGAAGGUGAAAGAACACGAGCCGGCCGAGACUAUAAACAGACCUCUCGGCAAGACGGACCUUCUACGCGACCAUACUGCACCAUUGCGUGCAUCCGCGGCUUGGUUAACUGAGAACCACUGGAUAAGAAUUAUCUUAACUGGGAACUCUAUGGUGGUCGGAGACACUCUAUCAGACUGUAGGAGUUCAUAUACUAGCUCCAUUGUCAACUAGCCUGAGAUUAGGAACUUGGAUUUGAACAGCUGUAUAU